AUGUCUAAAACUACUUCCGUCUCUGCUUCCACCAACUCUGCUUUAGUCUCUACUGGUGUCGUCGCUGCUUCCUCUGUUUCUGCUAGUGCUCAUGCUAACAAGACUUCUACUAAGACUUCUACUAAGACUUCUAAGGGCGAUGCUGCUGGUUUAGUUGCUAACCCAGUCUCUUGGAAAUACGGUGUUGCUAUCCUAAUUUCUACUAUUGGUUCCUACAUCUUAGGUUCUGAAUUCUAA